CUCAAGAACUCCAAACUGCCGGCUAUCCAGACAACAUCACAGCCCAGAAAAACACUCACCGACGAGGACCGUCGGCGUAUGUGCCAGUACGCUAUGGAUCAUCCGACGGCCAAGCAAACGGAUAUCGGAGCCCAGUUCGGUGUUGAGAGAAGUAUCUGAAUCUUGAGGACCGAAGCAGUUCUCCGAUUAAGCGUAACAAAGUCAAGGGCGCGGAUGUCGAAAAGGCUCUGGCCAACUUCUUCCGAAAGUCUCAGGACCAAGGCGUUCCAGUAACUGCCGAACUGAUCAAAGAGAAGGCGCGCUUGUUUGCAAGUACCAUGGGUGUCACGGGAGAUGAUUUUCUCAAGUCAGGAAGCACAGCAUGGCUGGACAAGUUCAUGCUCAAACACAACAUUGGGCCGAAUAGGCUACUUCGUCGUGCCUCCGAAGCCAACAUCAGUAGCAGCAUGCGAGGAUCGCCCUCUUUGAGCACAUCACAACCGUCAAGCGCCAUUUCCCCUCUAUCCCCCUCGGGACACACAUCUCCAUCUAUACUAUCGGCAAAUAGAAGUGAAGGGGAGAAGGAUAACAUGGCGAGCUACAUGGAUUAUUCGACUGAAAACAGCUAUAAGCACUCGGGCUCACAGAGCGCAACCUCGUUACAUAGCGCAUUUACUGACGCGGGAACUUCGACGUUCUCUGGGAGCACCCUUAGCCCAACAGCAUCGUUCAGUUUUUCGCCUGAUCCUAAUGCCGGAGCAUUUCUUACAGCAGAUCAAGCCAGGCAGCUCCCGCCGGGAAGCGGUGUCGGGUCCAACUUCCAAAGACCAAGAAGCCAGACAUUCCCGACCUUGGAUCUCGAAUACCUGAAUCAACAAGAAUCAGGAGACCCGUUGACGCCAAAGUAUCAUGUGUCAUCCACGGGACCUUCUUCGGCCCUUGAGUCGCCUGCCAAUGAAGUAGGCGCCUCGCACUUUGGCAUGGAUCACAUAAUCACCUCACCACGACUCCGUCACAGUAGCAGCAGUGGAAGUCUCGCUGGACGGUCGAUUGCUACACCGCUCAGCGCAAACCCUACGUCUCCCAUUUCUCCUACUCAGGAGGAUGCAAGAAGGGCCGCGGACACCCUACUCUCAUUCAUGCAGCAUUCAGGUGGAUUUGUGGACCACGAUGAAUACAUGACGGUCGUUAAACUCACCGAGAAACUGCGGCUUCACCAGGCACAACUUGCCAAGAACACAGCAGUAGGAAUGGGCGGACUUUCUCGGAUACCAGAGGGCGAUAGUGAGAUGCAGAACGCUGCACCAGCUUCGAUACCCAAAGUGGAACAGGCCAUGGGGACGUAAAGUUGGAUUGGAUGUUCAGAGAUACCCUACGCCGUCUCAAAACUGCCCGCGCCUCAAAGCUCUGUAUCCUCAGAAGAAUUGCCGAACAAGCUACAGACAGACCGCUUUC